AUGCUGCCUCUGAGGUCUUCCGCUAGCACCCCGAUGACCUCGCCAGGCCUCUUCAGCCCCUCGAACCCGCGCCCGAAGAUGAACUUCCCGGUUCACGCCUCGUCCGACUCCAACACCCCGAACGUCGAGACGAGCAGCCCAUACCUACACCCACUGCAAAAUCACAAAGUUAGAGAGACACACAAAGCCCUGAUCGAUUCCGAUAGCAUCACCGGCCGCAAACUUAUCAACCAGUAUGAGGUCAUCGAAGAAAUCGGCAGGGGCAUGCACGGAAAGGUCAAGCUAGCCCGAAACCUCGAGACCGGCGAAAAUGUGGCCAUCAAGAUCAUUCCGCGGUACUCCAAAAAGCGUCGACUCGGCAAGGUUAUGGCCAUGUCCCCCCAGGAAAAGACCAUGAGGGAGAUCGCCAUCCUCAAAAAGAUGAGACACCCGAAUGUCGUAUCGCUACUCGAGAUUAUCGACGACCCGGAACUGAAAAAGAUUUACUUGAUUCUCGAACACGUCGAAUUGGGCGAGGUCGUCUGGAGAAAGAAGGGACUCCCUCACAUCUGCCACCACGAGCGUCGUCGCAUCGAGAGAGAAGCCCGUGGCGAGCCACCGACGCCCGAGGAGGAACAGUACAACCUGAUCAUGGAGAGGCGCAUAGCUCUGAGGGAGUUGAAGCGUGCGAAGAUGUCCCGAGCAAACAUGGGAAUGCACGACUUCUGGAGCAUCGAACACGGCGCGUCUGACGAUGCUAGCUAUGGGUCCCAGUCUCGUGUCCCAUCUAGAGACGACUUGGGCAACUUGGUCCACCCCACGGGCGAAAGUUCCCAGCCGAGUUCCCUGCAGGCAUCGCGAGCCACGUCGAGAGCACCGUCACGAUCGCAAUCGGUCAAGUCGAUCAGCGACGCCGCCGUCUAUGACCAGGAAGCCAUUAUCGAGACCGACGACAUGGAAACGCCGGGCCCUCUGCAUAGCAACCCAGGUUCCGCAACUGCACUGGACGGAACCAUGUACGGCGCCUACAUGGAAGACGCUGCGCUGCGGGGCCGUUCGCCCAGUAUGGCUGAUUCCAUCAUCUCGCACAUGUCCUCGGUCGACUGGAAUUCUCGGAUGCACGACCCCUUUGCUGAAGACUUUUCUUACGUUCCUUGCUUCACCAUCGAGCAGGCGAGGACCACCUUCCGAGACACUGUCUUGGGCCUGGAAUAUCUGCACUACCAAGGUGUCGUGCACAGAGACAUCAAGCCCGCCAACCUACUUUGGACGAAAGACCACCGAGUCAAGAUUUCCGAUUUCGGUGUUUCGUACUUUGGUCGCCCCAUUCGAGAUGGUGAGCCCGAUGAUGAGACAGUCUCAGAGUCGGAAGCCCAGGAUUUCGACGAUGAUCUCGAGCUGGCUAAGACCGUCGGCACGCCAGCAUUCUUCGCACCUGAGCUGUGCUACACAGACGCCGACCGCAUGGAACAACCAAAAAUCUCCGAAAUGAUUGACAUCUGGUCGCUCGGCGUCACACUUUACUGCCUGAUCUACGCCAGGAUUCCUUUCCAAGCCGAAGACGAAUGGCAAAUGUUCCGCAAGAUCGCGACCGAGGAAGUCUUCAUCCCGCGCAAACGUCUCAAGCCCGUGGAUCCGUCCACGCCUCCAAACUCGGAGUCUCUAUUCAAGCGGCAUAACGUGCCGCCUUACAGAGACGACAACGAGCUGGCCUACGAGGACAUUGAUAACCUCCUGUACGACCUCCUGCGCCAGAUGUUCACCAAGAACCCGGAGAAGCGAAUCCGUCUGCGGGAUAUCAAGAGACACCCAUGGGUCGUGCAGGGCAUCCCGAACCCCAUCACCUGGAUUGACGACACGGAUCCAGCGCGGCCAUCCCAGGGUAGGCGUGUGCAGGUCAACGACAAGGAGACUGCCCACGCCGUCGUUCCCAUUGCUUUCUUGGAGCGAGCACGAUCUACAGUGAAGAAGGCCGUUGGAAAGUUGAUGCACCCUUUAGGCGAUCGAAGCGAUAGUCGGUCUCGGCGGAGGGCUGCCAGCAGCGCCGCCAGCUCGGCUGGGGACAGCAUGUACAAUGUGCCUGCCACACCACACUCGAGAGAAGCCCGUCGGAAAAGUUUGAAGAGCGAAGACUAUUUCUCCAACGUCAAGGACUUUGCCUUUAACUCUGAACACCCACUGGUCCACAGUCAGACCGCGUCCCCGUACGAGUCUCCAUACGAUCCUCUCGCGACCGCUAUCGCCCAACCCACAGGAGCUGCUCUGUUGCAUGCCCUUCAGUACAGCAACGAGUCUAGAACGAAUAGCGGCACAGCUUCGCCGUCGGACCAGUCUACGAUACCUGGCACUGCGUCACUUUACAAGCCGUCGUACCGAUAUUCACAGAGCCCCUCCAACGGCAACGGCAACAGCUUUCUGACCCUGACGGCGAAUUUGCCCGAGGUUAAGACAGUGCCUCCGACGCCUUUUGCGGACAAGACACUUGCCGAUCCACUCAAGGAAAUGCGACAAACGCGCGGAUAUGAUGCUCUAACAGAGGAGGCUUUACGGGCACGCUCGGCCGAGCGGGGAGUCUUUAGGGAGCAAGACAAACGCGCUCCCGCACAAGUAAGUGUGACGACCGCAAGCGUCCCCGGCACCCUGCACCGGAUGCCUAGCCACCCCGGAAGACCCCGGGCUAUGCGGUCCGUCGAUUUGGGCAAAGCGAAGCAGGCCAGUAACGGUUUGGCUUCGCCGCUCUUUUUCUCUGCGCGGUCUGUUACCGGUUAUCAGCAUGGCCAACCACAGUCGGAUUCGAACAUCUACGAGAACCAGCGAGCCACCACCGACUUGGAGGAGAGACCCCAGACGGCCCACAGGAUCGAAAACGUGCGCGACGUGCCGGAGGCUAGGACGCCGCCUCCGCGGAAGUACAACACAUCCACGCCGGAAUCAUUUGCGCGUGCGAAAGUUGAGCAGCACCGUAAGCACAUCGAAGAGUACCAGCACCAACUUGCUCAGCAGGCUUUGGAUGAUGUCAGAUCGGACAUUGCGGUCAUUGACCCGACAGAAGUCCCUUGUCCUGGGUCGCCCGACGAUGAGUUCUUCGCUACGCCGCCGCCUCCUUCUCGUGAGGAUACGAUGGAAACGAGGCAGUCCUCGCGGUCGGCAUCCAUCGGUGGUUUGGCUUCUCCACUCACAAGCCCCAGCGACAUGAACAGUCCGAUCUCGUCUACCACCCAUCCCUCCAAGGAUGAGAUGCUCGCCUUCCAGUCGGAUCCUUCACUGCCUGCACUCCUGAGUGGCUCCAGCUCGGUUUCCGCCGACCUCGAUGCCGAGCCUGUAGAGCCUGCUGUUGCCAACAAGAAGCCGGCUCUGCUGGAAACCACGGACUCACUUACUCCUCCGGCCCUCGUCAAGGAACCAAUGGCCGGCUUCCCACUGGAGCAGUACGAGCAACAGGAGCGGUUUGAGAAACACAACGCUUCAUUCGAUUCCGGCUCGAUACCGCUGCGCAUCACACACAGCCCAGUCUACAGGACCCCACCUUCGAUCCACCGCACUCCCGAACUCCGCCCACAAGAGGACGACGACGAUGACAGCGACAGCGACGAGGGCCUGUUGAUGGCAAAGUCGAAGAAGAAGAAGUCGACAAAUGCCCACGUCGAGCGAAUCCCCUUCGGCGCGAGACGGCGCGACACCAAUGCCAGCAUCGCCAGCACCGAGACGGCUAAGAAGGUUGUCAUUCAUGGCGAAGAGGUCAUUACCUAUGCCGAUUGA